GGCUGACGCGGGCUGUCAAUCACGAUUGGGCUCAUUUGAUUGGUCGACCGGUUGAUACACAAAGUAAAUCAGCUUUGCGGUCACAGGACGGAGAGCGUUCAACCUCACAGAAAAAGCAAACAUUUGAUCUUCUGUUGUGAAUUUCCAGCCCGACAGGAACCGAAGAUGAUCGAGGUGGUUUGCAACGAUCGUCUGGGCAAGAAAGUCCGGGUCAAGUGCAACUCUGAGGAUAGCAUUGGAGAUCUGAAGAAGCUCAUUGCUGCCCAGACAGGAACACGAUAUGACAAAAUUGUAUUAAAGAAAUGGUAUACCAUAUUUAAGGACCACGUGACUCUGGGUGACUAUGAAAUCCAUGAUGGGAUGAACCUGGAGCUGUACUACCAGUAGACUACCAUGACUCAGUGCUACACAGAUGCUACACCUUUUCAAUGUUAUGCACGCACACACACACACACACGCACACACACACCGGUGGAAUCGCUGGAAUCUGUUGCAGGAAACCGCCAUGAUCAGACAACGCAAUUGAAAGAGACGAGAAGCGGUAUCUUUAGAGCAGAAAACACACACAUAUGACAUUGAUCUCAGUUUUGGCUCGUAAUUUUUGCCCACAUAUUCUAUGAAAGACAUGUUAUUCUACAAUUUUUGUUUUGAUAUUUUUGAAUUAAAGCAGACAUUUACCUACCUACAA